UGCCGAUUCGCGCCGGCGCGCCAUACGUGAAUUGCACAUGGCAUGACGCACACACAUGUACGCGAUACUAACCUUGUUGUUUCUGUACUGCUUCGGCAGUCUACAUAGUGCGUGGUGCUGAUGCAACGGGAGUUGAAAUGGACGAAGCAAGAUUGGUCGAGUUGGUUCUUAAACUUUACAAAGUUGAAGCCGUCAAAUUUGGCUCCUUCACUUUGAAAAGUGGCAUACAGUCGCCUGUCUAUUUUGACUUGAGAGUCAUGGUUUCGUAUCCUGAAAUAAUGGACGAAGUGUCAGAGUUAUUGUGGGAGGCAUCCGUGCAGAGCAAGGCUGACUUCAGUGUAGUGUGUGGUGUGCCGUACACAGCCCUACCAUUGGCAACAUUGAUAGCAGUGAAUCACAAGAAACCGAUGGUCAUCCGACGCAAAGAGGCCAAGGAUUAUGGCACCAAGAAGAUGAUAGAGGGCGCUUUCCAGCCGGGCGACCACUGCCUGAUCGUGGAGGAUGUCGUCACGAGCGGUGGGAGUGUCAUGGAAACAGCUCAGUCGCUGAAUGCUGUCGGUAUGAAAGUGAAAGAUGCAGUGGUCUUGUUGGAUCGCAGCCAAGGUGGAAAGAACAGACUGGAACAGCAAGGCAUACGCUUACAAAGCGUCCUCACCCUGCCCAAAGUUCUGCAAAUCCUAGAGGAUCAUGGGAAGCUGGAACCGAGUGUGGUUGCUGCCGUGAAGCAGUUUAUUGUAGACAAUACCUUCCCCGAUGAAGCGAAGGUCACUACCCCGGAGAAGCCAUCAGAUGCUAAAAAGCCUCGAAUGUCUGGCUAUGAGACACGGGCGGAGUUGUGCCAGCAUCUGGUCGCUAAGCAACUCUUCACCAUUAUGGCUGCCAAGAAGACCAACCUUGCCUUCUCGGCCGACCUCACAUCUUGCCAACAGGUCCUUCAGCUUGCAGAUAAGGUCGGUCCCCACAUCUGCCUCCUCAAAACUCAUGUUGACAUCCUGGAGGACUUCUCAGCAGAGUUUGUGUCGUCGUUGACAGCCCUCGCCAGUAAACACAACUUCCUGAUAUUUGAGGACAGGAAGUUUGCCGACAUUGGAAACACUGUCAAGCACCAGUAUGGUUCCGGACUCUACAAGAUCGCAGACUGGGCGCACAUCACCAAUGCGCAUGCCGUCCCCGGGGCCGGGGUGGUACAGGGAUUGAAAGAAGUGGGCGUGGCCAAAGGGAGGGCCUGCCUCCUCAUUGGCCAGAUGAGCUCAGCAGGAAACCUAGCAACCGGAGAAUACACACAGUCAACCGUAAAGAUGGCGGAGGAUCACACCGACUUUGUGAUUGGAUUUAUAUGUACGUCAGCGCUGUCUUCGGAUCCAAAGUUCAUUCACAUGACUCCCGGUGUGAAACUUGCAGAGGGGAAUGACGCCCUGGGCCAGCAGUACUUGACCCCGGAAAAGGUCAUCGCCCAGCAAGGCAGUGACAUCAUCAUUGUGGGAAGGGGCAUAUAUCAGGCAGCCGACCCAGUGGCAGCUGCCCAGGCCUACCGGGAGGCGGGCUACUCCGCCUACCUGAGCCUGCUGUCCUGACUGAAAUGGGACAUGACCCACUCAAGUGUGGCCUCUCAGAGAUGUAUGCUUGCAAAUGGUUCAGUACAUCGACAUCUAGUUUUAACUUUUUCAGGUUUAUGGAGUACUUUAAACAGCUUGGGUAUAGAAUACCGAGGUGUGACAUCACUUAGAACCAGAAAGUGUAGUGUGAACGAAUGGAGUAACGCGCACGCAUUGGUUCACACGCUGGCUCAAUGUGUUUUACACACACAAUCGUGUGUGUGACAUAUUUGCUUCGGUACUCUAUAGGGACUUUGUAGGGAGGUCUGUCGGGUCUACUAACAUGGAGCAGGCAGCAGUUCAUGCAGCUGCACUUGGCAGGAAAACAUUACUCGGAAAUUUUUUACGCUAAGCACAAAUGAGCAGAGAACCUGUCUCUAUUUAUGGCACUUUUACCGAUAAACUAAUUUUGCUUAGUAUGUAUUGCAGUGCUGAGAAAAUGUUUCUGCUGAGCAGCUGUAUAAAAUUGGCCCGUUGUAAAGAACACAUACUUGUUCCGAAGUUGAAGGCACGUACGUUUUUUCACUAAAUUUGGGGGACCGAAAAUGUUGUGGGUCAGAGAAAUGUCCCCAAAAUUUGCCUGACAAAAGAAAUUGUCCCCAUAACAGUGAAGGCCUGCCCUCGGUGCUUUGUGCAGAGUGUGUACAGCUAGCAUUCGUCAGAAUGUGCACAAAUUACUUCUUGUAAUGAGAGGAGUGCACGUGUUCUCUACUAAUCAGAGGGAUGCACGUAAGCAUGGUUUGUAUACAGAUUUUAUACAAAGCCCAACAUUUGAUUGUCGAUAUGCUAAUUUCUAGAGGUUAUUUGUGAUGGCUACCAUGUAAGAUUGUAAGAUUUACCAGUUCACAGAGUAAGCCCAGAGACCGUCACCAUAGGUCUUGGUGCACUGUCCAGGGUGAAGGAAAUGUUAAUGCCAGUCAUUGAGAGUUUUAUUGGGGAAAACUUCCCCAUUUUGAAUCAACUUAAAAGCCACUCACAUUUUUGGUCAACUUUAAUAAAGGUCAAAAUGUUAAAAAAUGUAAUGAAAAGGGUUGGGGGGUUGGUAAGAAUUUUUUAUUUGAAAUGGAUACCUGUUUCCCAUAUGGACGAAUACUUACAGAAAUGACCGUCACUGCGUAUUCCUCAGUAAAUUCUCUAGACUCCAGGCCGUGGGACUGUGCUGUAAUAUUGUGAAAAUGUUACAGGAGUACUUAUUUUGGAGUCAUUCUGUAGAUGCAGAAAUGUUUUUAGAAUAUUUUUAUCCGACACUUAUCAAUGAAAAGUUGUGAUUUCAUUCCUGGGAUGUUGAGACUUGUGGAGAAAAACAAGGAAAGGCCCGUUCUAUCUCAAAUCCAUAAAAUCACAUUUGUUUACCAAAACACAAAAAUACUAGUGUUUAUUUUUGUCCAUUUGUCAUUUUUGUCAGCACUAUAGUUUUGGUCCCUUGACAGUCAUUCUCCAUCAUCAGUGAUCGGUCAUGGCCGGUCUUUGUGUUGAUUAUUGAGACUUGGCCCAUCCAUCCGCCUCCGCAGCUUUUUCCCUUGAAUCUCCAGUGCUCAACACUGGAAGACUUGGGCCAAAUGUGGCACUGAACACCGGACCAGAGGGUAGAGUCACGGUGGCCAAUGGGUACAGUUUGAAUGCAUUCAUCAUCACAGUUUGAUCACAGUUCAUUAGCGUACAUUGCACCCGACGAUGACCGGACAACUGUUAACCCCUUCCGGCUGGGAUUCUGUUGACCGUGACUGCUGGGCUGCGGUAUGCAAAGCUCUGUCCAGCAGCAGGCCCACAUUGAAACCGCAGCUGCAUAAUGUAUAGAAUGCACGUGUGGUAUGCACUAAUCCUCA